AGUGCGAGCGCCCGUCCAGGCCAUGGCGCUGGCAGGUGCGCCUGAAGUGAUCCGGGCGGCGCAGAAGGACGAGUACUACCUGGGAGGCCUGCGGAGCGCGGCGGGUGCAGCGCUGCACAGCCUAGCGGGUGCAAAGAAAUGGCUGGAAUGGAGGAAAGAGAUCGAACUGCUAUCAGACAUAGCCUACUUUGGCCUCACCACAAUUGCAGGCUACCAGACACUGGGAGAGGAGUAUGUUGGCAUCCUCCAGGUGGACCCAUCCCAGCAGCGUGUGCCCUCCAGACUGCGCCGUGGCGUGCUGGUUGCACUACAUGCUGUCCUGCCCUACCUGCUGGACAAGGCACUGCUGCCCCUAGAGCAGGAGCUGCAAGCUGAUGGCGACGGCACACGGGCUUCACAGGGAAGUCUACCACCUGGAGGACGCAGCCGAUCGGGGAUGAGGCGCUGGGUGCGCCUCCACACAAACACCCUGACUGAGCAGCAGAGGAGGACACUACAGCGGGCCGUCUUCAUCCUUAGACAGGGCUUUGCCUGCCUCCAUCGGCUCCAUGUUGCCUGGUUUUAUAUUCACGGUGCCUUCUACCACCUGGCCAAGAGACUAGUGGGGAUCACGUACCUCCGUACUCACCGCCUUCCUGGAGCGGACCUGAGGGCACGCACAAGCUACCGACUGCUGGGACUUAUCUCCCUGUUGCAUCUGGCGCUGUCCGUGGGGCUGCAGCUGUACAGCUUCAGGCAGAAGCAGCGAGCCAGGAAGGAGUGGAGGCUGCAUCGCAACCUGUCCCACCGCAGGAGUUCCCUGGAAGACAGAGCUGUUUGCAGAGCCCCACUCUGUACCCUGUGCUUGGAGGAGCGGAGACACUCCACAGCGACGCCUUGUGGCCAUCUCUUCUGCUGGGAGUGCAUUACUGAGUGGUGCAACACCAAGACGGAGUGUCCCCUGUGCAGGGAGAAGCUCCCACCCCAGAGGCUGGUCUACCUGAGGCACUACCGCUGACCAGGACCAGAUUGUUACCAGACAGCUCCAGGAAGUGGAUGGAAGUUCAUGGAGCUGUGUCCUCAGAAGUGUAGUUGCGCAGAAAUAUAAAAUCCUCACACUGUUGUCAUUGAA